AUGAUCGCCUCGACCUCUCGCACAGCUGUGCGAAUCCUCGCACGCAGUCCCGCUGCUCGUAUCGCGUCCUUGCGAUCCUCACCCCCAUCGGCCUGCCGGAGAAUCCAAACACACGAGCAUCGACACGAGCCCCAAUCGCAGCAUGGCCCUCCUCCUGGGGGCGAAGCGCCAACGCAGUCCGGCCUGAGCAUGUACGGCAUCGUCGUUGCCUCCGUCCUCAUCGUAGCUGUCACACCCAAGCUCCUUCAUCUUUACACCGAAAUCACGGGCGACGGGCCAAGCUCAUCGGUACCGCUCAAGCUCGAGCCGCACACGCACCGACCGCUCCCCCUCGUCUCCUCCACCUAUUACCCGGACCCGAGCACCGCUUCGGCGCACAAGCUGCUCCAAAUCGGUCUGCCUUCCUCCACCUCCAGCAGUGUCGGUAUCUCCGACGUGAAGCGGGCACUCCGCAUCCGCAGCGUCUACAUCAAAGAGCCAUCUUUGGUCAUCGAACGAGCCUACACGCCGCUGUACGAUACACUGCCUGGCUCGCACUCGGCCGCGCUGGUCGGGACGGCGACCGCGAAGGAGCCUCGGGUAUUGGAUUUGAUCGUGAAGCGAUAUCCUGACGGUGAGCUGGGCAAGAUGCUGCAUCGCGCGGUGGCCAAUCCGACCAUGCCGCAGUUGGAGGUGAGGGGGCCGGUGGAUACGUGGUCUUUCGAACGGGACUCGGCGGAGACGGGCGGUGUGCCGGAGAGGAUCGUCAUGGUGGUCGGUGGGACAGGGAUCACGCCUGCUUAUCAGCUGUUGACGAAUCUCUUCGGUAGGCCGGGCAAGACAGCGCAGGCCAGAAUGAAGGGUGCACCCAGAAUCGAGGUGUUGUAUGCGACACAGGAUCUGGAGAACGUUCUGCUGCUGCCCCAGCUUCAUGCAUCGGUAGAGGCGAAUCGGGACAAGGUGAGCGUCCAGCUCUUUGCAGAGCGGGUGGCGUCCCCGUCUUCCCUUUCACCAGGCGCGCGGUCAGCUCUGGGCAAAGGGCUCGUCGUUUCGCCUUCCGCAAAGGCUGGCGGUCGAUCCUGGAUCCCCUUCUUCAGCUCCAAGGCCUCGAGUCUGGAACCCAAACUCGAACUCACCUCCGUUUCAUCGCCAACAACCACCAUCCCAGUCUUCGAAUCACGCAUCACACAACAGCACCUCGAAAAGGUCCUCACCCCGACCGCUGAUGGUCGGACCCUGAUCCUCGUCAGCGGACCCGACGGCAUGGUCUCCGCUAUGGCAGGACCCAGAUCGCGCGACGGUCAAACACAAGGUCGUCUCACCGGCAUCCUCGCCUCCCUCAACUGUCGACACGAAGACGUGUUCAAGCUGUAA